GGAGGGGCGUUGGACCCUCACGGCCUGACGCUGUUCCUGCGUGUCCCGCCUUGUGCCGUUGCUUCGUCCACGGGCUUUGCCCAGUGGACUCGUUCGGUGGGGUAGGGUCCGUGGCGCCCGCACUAAAAGGAGCCGUCUGGUGGGUCGGUUGCAUUUUCCCACCUAGCGACCAGGAGCUAGAGAUGCUAUUAGGCUGUCAUUUUCUCAAGUGUGACUCGGCAGGGAGAUGGAAAACUUCAUUCUGUAUGAGGAGAUUGGAAGAGGAAGCAAGACCAUCGUCUACAAAGGACGGCGGAAGGGAACAAUCAACUUUGUAGCUAUACUUUGCACUGAUAAGUGCAAAAGGCCUGAAAUAACCAACUGGGUGCGCCUUACCCAUGAAAUUAAACACCAGAAUAUUGUAACUUUUUAUGAAUGGUAUGAAACCAGCAACCAUCUCUGGCUCGUAGUGGAACUCUGCACAGGUGGCUCCUUAGAAAUGGUUAUUGCUCAAGAUGAAAACCUCCCAGAAGAUGUUGUGAGAGAAUUUGGGAUGGACCUGGUCACUGGAUUACAUCAUCUUCAUCAGCUUGGCAUUCUCUUUUGUGACAUUUCUCCUGGGAAGAUACUCUUGGAAGGGCCUGGCACAUUGAAAUUUAGCAAUUUUUGCCUGGCUAAGGUAGAAGGUGAAAAUUUGGAAGAGUUCUUUGCUUUGAUGGCAGCUGAAGAAGGUGGAGGUGAUAGUGGCGAAAAUGCACUGAAGAAAAACGUGAAAAGUAGAGUGAAAGGAUCUCUUGUAUAUACAGCACCAGAAAUUAUAAAGGGCAGUGACUUCUCCACCCCCAGUGACCUCUGGUCUUUGGGCUGUCUGCUUUAUGAAAUGUUUGCAGGAAAACCUCCAUUUUUCUCAGAAAGGGUUUCAGAAUUAAUUGAAAAGAUUUUUUAUGAAGAUCCUUUGCCACCUAUUCCAAAAGAUUCUUCUCAUCCUAAAGCCUCUUCAGAUUUUAUUAAUUUGCUUGAUGGUUUACUUCAAAAAGAUCCUCAGAAAAGAUUAACUUGGGCAGGUAUACUGCGACAUGCAUUUUGGAAGGAUGCUUUUACUAGAAAAGAUCAGGACUCAGGUGCCGAGGAUUCCAGCAUCAGCAGAAACGUGAUGGAGUGUUCUGGGUCACAAGAUUCCAAGGAGCUUUUGAAGAGCCCUCAGAGCGGACAAGCCAAGGGGGAGAGGAGUGGUCAGCGACUGUGCCACUCUCUGAGACUAGAAAAUCCAGCGGAGUUGCGGCCUAAGAAUACUCUUGGGGGCCAGCAGAAUGAGUCCAUGUUUCUUCUCAGCUCUCGUCCUACCCCGAGGACCAGCACUGCAGUGGGGCCAAGUCCUGGUGAGGCCGUGACUCAGAGUUCACCGCAGAAGGCGUCUCCUCUGACCAAGACCACCGUUGGACGCCUGAGUCAGCAGGACAUGGAAUCCCAGAUGAGAGGGCUUAUCUACACAGACUCCGAUCUUGUCGUCACCCCGAUUAUCGACAAUCCGAAGAUAAUGAAACAACCACCAAUUAAAUUUGAUCCAAAAAUAUUGCAUCUUCCAGCAUAUUCAGUGGAGAAGUUGGUUUUACUCAAAGACCAGGAUUGGAGCGACUUUCUGCAGCAAGUGUGCUCGCAGAUCGACUCCCCUGAGAAGACGGCAGGGGCCUCCCGCGUCAAGCUGAACCUCCUCUGCUACUUGUGCGCGGUGGCUUGUCAGAGGGAGGUGGCCACCAGGCUCCUCCACUCUCCCCUGUUCCAGUUGUUAAUCCAGCAUUUGCGAAUAGCUCCAAACUGGGAUAUACGGGCCAAGGUCGCUCGGGUGAUUGGUUUACUGGCCUCGCACACGGCUGAACUUCAGGAAAAUACACCUGUUAUUGAGGCAAUUACCCUCUUAACUGAAUUAAUUAGGGAAAACUUCAGGAAUAGCAAAUUAAAACAGUGCCUUCUACCCACCCUCGGGGAGCUGAUCUAUCUUGUAGCCACCCAGGAAGAAAAAAAAAAGAGCCCGAGAGAAUGCUGGGCUGUUCCCUUGGCGGCCUACACGGUGCUAACGAGGUGCCUUCGGGAAGGGGAAGAACGUGUUGUGAAUCACAUGGCAGCAAAGAUUGUUGAAAACGUCUGCACUACCUUUUCUGCUCAGGCCCAGGGCUUUAUAACAGGAGAAAUUGGACCUGUUUUAUGGUACCUGUUUAAACAUUCCACUGUGGAUUCUCUUAGGAUAACAGCAAUAUCGGCCUUGUGCAGGAUCACUCGCCACUCGCCGACUGCCUUCCAGAAUGUUAUUGAGAAGGUGGGCCUGAAUUCAGUCGUCAACUCCCUGGCUUCCGCCAUCUGCCGCGUUCAACAGUACAUGUUGACCUUAUUCACCGCCAUGUUGUCCUGUGGGAUUCAUCUUCAGAGACUGAUCCAAGAAAAGGAUUUUGUCUCCACAAUUAUCCGUUUGCUUGACAGCCCCUCCACGUCCAUUAGAGCAAAAGCCUUCCUGGUUCUUUUGUACAUUUUGACUCAUAACCACGAGAUGCUGCUGCUCAGCUGCCAAGCGAGAAUGGUGAUGUACAUUGAGAGAGACAGCAGGAAGACCACUCCAGGCAAGGAGCAGCAGAGCGGCAAUGAGUACCUGUCCAGAUGCCUGGGCCUUCUCAUCCGUCACGUCACACAGGAACUGCCGCGGGUCCUGGGUGACGUUCUCAACGCCUUGGCUAACGUGUCUGGUCGUAAACACCCAUCGACCGUCCAAGCGAAGCAGCUGAAGAUGUGUCUCCCCCUGAUGCCCAUAGUGCUUCACCUCGUCACCUCUCAGGUAUUUCGACCUCAAGUUGUCACAGAAGAGUUCCUUUUCAGUUAUGGAACUAUUCUUAGUCAUAUUAAAUCAGUAGACUCAGGAGACACUAACAUAGAAGGAGCCAUAGGACCGGUGGCAUCCGAAGAAUUCAUCAAGAUCACAUUGUCGGUUUUUGAAGCAAUAAUACAGUAUCCUGUUUUAUUGAAAGACUAUUGCUCUACGGUUGUGGAUUAUAUCCUGCCACCCUUGGUCUCCUUGGUUCAAAGCCAAAAUGUGGAAUGGAGACUCUUCAGCUUGCGGCUGCUCUCGGAAACCACAUCUCUGCUCGUGAACCAGGAGGCUGGGGAUGGCAAGAAGGAGGCGAAUGGCGAUUCAGGCAGCAAUCUUCUGGUUCUCAUUAGAGAUGUCUUACUUCCCCAGUACGAGCCCAUCCUCACGGAGCCCGACCCGGUCCCAGCGUACGCUCUGAAGCUGCUGGUGGCCAUGACUGAGCACAGCCCGGCUUUCACCAGACUUGUGGAAGAAAGCAAACUGAUCCCAGUUAUUUUUGAAGUAAUCCUGGAACAUCAGGAGAACAUUCUGGGUAACACCAUGCAAAGUGUGAUUGCACUGCUCAACAAUCUGGUUGCCUGCAAAGAUUCGAACAUGAAGCUCCUUUAUGAACAAGGACUGGUCCGUCAUGUCCGCUACCUGUUCACCGAAAUGGUCACCCUGUGUUUGGAUGUGGACAACAAAAACAACAACGAGACGGCAGCGACGCUGCUGUGCUCCCUGCUGGACAUUCUGCACGGCAUGCUGACCUACACGUCCGGUGUUGUCCGGCUGGCCCUGCAGGCUCAGAAGUCGGGCUCAGGAGGCGACACGCAGGCUGCAGAAGACCUGUUGCUGCUCAGCAAACCGCUGACCGACCUCAUUAGCCUGCUCAUUCCGCUGCUUCCCAUCGAGGAUCCUGAAAUUUUUGAAGUUUCAUCCAAGUGUCUGUCCAUCCUGGUUCAGCUCUAUGGAGGAGAAAACCCAGACAGUCUGUCUCCUGAAAAUGCAGAGAACUUCGCUGAUUCACUCCUAUCCAAGGAGGACCCGAAGGAGCAGAAGCUUCUGCUGAGGAUUCUCCGAAGAAUGGCCGCUCCGGCAGCAGCUGUUGUUGAAGUUAACAAAGGCGAGGCGGUCCUGUUUGUCUCAGCACGUUCUGAUUUGUCCAUCUGUUGCUUCUCAAUACAAAUUGUCCUUUGGCAAGUGGAGCAUGGACACGCCAGAGGGUUGCACUGA